UGAACUAAGACAUUUUUAUUGAAAGUGUUCAUGCAUGAUACUAAGUUGAUUCAACAAAUUCGUUCCUUAAAUGUUAAAAACGUGCAAUGUUAUGUUGAUCUUACCAAGAAGUUUUAGUUUUCAUUAAAUCUCGCGAUUCUCGUUUGAACAGUGAACGCAUGCGCAGUAGGAGACUAAGCUACUUCGCGGGGUUUUCAGAGGUUGAUGCAGGUGAGAAGACGGCGGUUUCCAAAAGUUGAUGAUAAAAGUAUAAGAAGCGGGUGACAGUGUCCUGCCUAAUCAAUCCACCUUUUCUGGACAAUAAAUGUGAGCAUGUUGCUGCGGGUUCACAUUUCCCCUACCAACAUCCGGAGGGUAGAGCUGCCUGAAAGGCCUGCAUCUGUGGACCAUUUGAAGUCUUUCCUUAGUGAGACAUUACAGCUCAAAUCUGGAUUCUCACUACAAUUUGAAGACCCGGACUUUAACAAUGAACUUUGUAACUUGAAUGACAUCAAAGAAUUGCCAGCAGCAAAGGCAACCUUAAAGGUUCUGUGGGAAGCAUCUCCUCCAUUGGACUCAACAGAUACAAGUUCAGUGUCCUCACUUGAUACAGCAAGCAUGACAAGUUGUCAAAAUGAUGUCCAAAGCCCUGAAUCAUCUGUGUCAAGAAAUCUUAGAAGUGUUGAACAGUGGCCCUCUACUUUUAACAUACCUGCCUUUUCUUUGGAUGUGGAGCUCAGGCUGCGUAAAGCCAAUGAGAUAUACCAGCAGACAAAGAAGCCUCUGAAUGUCCCAAGGGACAUGAAGUGUGAGAUUCUGGACAAGAUUGUGCAAGCAAUUUUUGAAAUUAAAGCCUACCCCGAUGCCUAUGAGGUCCAGUCAGUUGCCUCUGCUCUAGUACAAAAACAUCCUUGCCUUGCAGAACCUGGCAAACGCACAGGUUGGGAUGGAUGGGUUAUGAGUAUCAAGUUUAAGCUUGGCAAUUAUCGAGCUAAAUUGAGAGAGGCUGGUUGUUCAGAAGUUAGUGUUAACACUAAAAGAAAAUCACAUGAGGGUGUGACGGCCACCAUAAAAAAGCCUAAAAGAGCAGAGGUCAACUUUUUACCGGACCAUCCUGAGGGCCAGACAGAUGAUUCGCUUGAGGAGGUGAGACUUAUCAUGAUCGAUGAAAUGAAAAAAAAAAGGAUUGAUUCAACACUCAUUCAACAGAAGAUGCAAGAAACAUUUUCUCUUCGCCGCAAAGAAGUUGUAGAGAUUCAGCCACUAGUUGAGGAAAUCAGAGAGAGAUGGCCUGCUCUUUUUCUAAAGGAUGAGAUCUGCAUGGAGUUUUUUCGUAUCAGUAACGUUGACCUCCUGGAGAAGUUCAACAUGUCCCUUGAAAAAUACACAACACCUCUCCUGAAACUGUACAGAAAGAGAACAGAUGCAUUUGGAGAAGAAAUGAAGACUCUUUUGGACAAGCUGGAUGAACAGGUGAGUGACAUUACCACACAUCGGAAAAUAACAGCUCUUAAGGGAUUGCCUAUUUUUCUGCGUGAGAAGCCAGCAUGUUUUCUCAAGAUGUGCCUGGAUACUGAUCCCGAGGACCACAGCACCAAAGGUGUAAAGAUUGGAAUCCUUACUGUGGUCGAAGAUGAUGUUGCCGCUGUCACAUCACUGCCAACUGUAAUCAACCUGGCCAUAAUCCUGGAAGAGGCCAUUGUGCUUCAGGACAUUACAGAUCUGCCAGCAGCAUUUGCAUACUUGUUCGGUCUCUUGUAUGCACUCAAUAUGGAGUAUCCAAAAGAACUCAAGUAUACUUUUGAAGUUAUACAAAAGAUCUUUAUGGAUCUUGGUGGUACCUGCUCUGCAAGAGUACAGUCAUUGAAGUCUAAACUUUGCUAAAUGGACAAAGGCUUCUGAAUGAGGUUCUUCCACUGGCCAUUGUUUUUUUUAUACUUUUAUAGUUAAUGACUGAAAAACAAUACUGUUUUAUUUCAAUGUAUUAAUUUAUGUUAAGUAUUAAUUUGUUACAACCUUUGCCUUAAAGAGAUAGCUCACACAAGUUCCUCCAAGUUCACACAGGUUUAGAACAACUUGGGGGCGAGUAAAUGAUGAAAGAACUUUCAUUUUUAUGUGAACUAGGCAAAGGUUGUAAAAAGUGAGUACUUAACAUGAAUCAACACAUUGAUAUUGUUUUUCAGUUUUUUUUUAGUUUAAUUUUUCUCCCUUUUUUUUUUUUUUCUCAGGCUGAGCUAAUUAUAUUUGAUUUCUAUGUAGACACUGGUACUUCCAAGGCCAAGAGUGGAUUACAGGCAUAUCAUUGUAAUUAUAGUUUCAAUGUUGAUGUUCUGACAAAAAUGUACAGUGCAUUUAUAAUAACUGAGUAAUGUUUGUGGUUUACUCUGAUGCUUGCACUUGUUUUGGGUUCUUGGACAAAAUAGUAACUUCGUUUUGAGGAACUCUUAGGUUGAUGUUAAAAUAUGCAAUAUAGUAGUUUUCACAUAAUAGUUUCUUUAAAAAUCAACCAAAAAUGUUAAAUACAUGUGAUAAGGUACUUCAUGCCACAAGACUGCUAACGUAUUAAGGUAUAAUUAACACUGGAUUUCUUUAACAUGCAUUAUGUUCCAUGCAUUGAUUUCAGUGUAAAAUGCAUGGAGUAAAGAAGUUAAUAUACAAGACUUGGUAUGUCCUUGUGCUUUGGACAAACUUUCAAUAAUAAAAAAAAGUUAUUUGA